UGACGUUUAUUCCAGAUUUAACGGGAGUGUUUCUGUUGUUUUUAUCGGCUAUCAGGAUGAGGACAUCGAUCGUCUUUGCCUCCGCCAUGGUGUUGGGACUGCUAGUCUGUCCGCGUGCGAGCGCAGCUGUAGGUGGCUACCAGGGAACGGUUCCGCACCCCUACAAAUACAACCCCAACGAGUCCGAGCGUUCACCGCAGCAGCCACCACAGAACGGAUUUUUUUCCCGUAAUACGGGUCCAGUGACAGCCACCGAGGAAGUCCUAGAAUCCAGUCAAGAAGCCCUACACGUCACGGAGCGCCGGUAUCUCAAGCUGGACUGGUGCAAAACGCAGCCGCUGAAACAGACAAUCCACGAAGAAGGAUGCCUCAGCCGCACCAUCAUCAACCGGUUCUGUUACGGGCAGUGUAACUCUUUCUACAUUCCCCGACACAUCUAUCAAGACGACGGGGCUUUCCAGUCGUGUUCCACAUGUAAGCCGAAAACAUUCACCACGGUCACCUACACCAUCAUCUGUCCCGGACAGACUCCCAGCACCCGGAAGAAACGGGUCCAGCGCGUCAAGACGUGCCAUUGCGCUUCUAUAGACUUGGAUUAGAAAACAUUUGGGAUGGACACGCUUUUUUGUUAUUGAAUAUUAGUUUUUCUCCACGGGAACAGUUUUUAGCAACUUUGAAGGGACCAAUGUGUAAAAUCAAAGGUGCAUCCAUGGCAAAAAAAAA